AUGUCUCUUCUCUUUCUUCGCGCUUUCGUCCAACUCCUCCACGAACCUCGGCGGCGAGGACGCGUCUUGACCCAUACCUUGCGGCAUCUUUUCUUCUUCUUCGCGUUCUUCUACCCGUUUUUGUGCAGGACAUUGGAUUCGAAACUUCACUCUUUCGAGCGCAAGAAGAAUAACAACAACAACAACAAAGAGCGCGACUCUUCACACUACUUUAGCAGAGAGAGAGAAAGAGAGAGUUUAAGAGGAAGAGUAGGUAGAUACAAAAAAGUACCACGAAUAAUGGGCGUGAUAACGGACCAACCCGAGUACCCGGUGACGGACAAACAUCCAUCCAUCUCGAAAUGCAUCGCAAACUUCAACACGCAAGAUUGGGCGACCGCGAUCGCGUUUCCAAUAGCGUCGUACCCGUUCGGCAUGUGGGCAGGGGCGAAAACAAUCAACACCAGUUCAUAUUGCCUGAAAAAACCAACCGCGAUCACGGCGAUGAUUUGUGGAGGGAUGUGCGGGAUGUUCUUAGCGGUGGAGAAUAGCGCGGGGAGGUUGAUGGGGUUCCGGAAAUAA